UCGGUCGCAUUGUUGCACACAAGACGCACCACCGUAACAAACACAUCAACAUAUCAUUAGAACAGAGAAUAAGGGAAAAUAAAAAGGAGGGGAAGAGUGCAGGCAGCAGAAAGAAAUGGGGAGCAAGAAGAGGAAACGCGGCGGCGGCAGCAGCGGCGGCGGUGGUGGUGGCGAGAGGCGAAGCAUUCAUCCUCGUAACAGAUACGCUGAUAAUCCUCCUGAUUUCUCUCUCCUCGCUUCUCUUUAUCCCUCGUUUUCUUCCUUCGUUUUCUACUCUCGUGACGGUCGACCCAGAAUUGAUUGGACUGAUUUCAAUGCAACUCGUGAACUCACCCGCGUCCUCCUUCUCCAUGACCACUCUCUCAAUUGGUGGAUUCCUGAUGGGCAGUUGUGCCCAACUGUUCCCAAUAGGUCAAAUUACAUACAUUGGAUUGAGGAUCUUUUAGCAUCUGAUGUUAUUGAGAAAAACAAUGUUGAUGGAGCUAAAGUAAGAGGCUUUGAUAUUGGAACUGGGGCAAAUUGUAUUUACCCUCUUCUUGGUGCAUCUCUUUUAGGUUGGAGUUUCGUUGGCUCAGAUGUAACUGAUGUAGCCUUAGAGUGGGCGGAGAAAAAUGUUAAAAGUAAUCCACAUAUAUCGGAACUGAUUGAAAUUAGAAGGGUUGAGGUUGCUGGACGUGCCAAUGAUUGUGAAACCUUACAUUUAGAUGGUAAUAAGACAAGUGGUGAUUGCCAAGAGAAGGAAGAUGUUAAUGGUUUGACCAAACAUGAAACGAGAGAUCUUGAUGAACCUGCUGUUACUGAUCCUGAGGGAGUAUUGGAUAUCGUGCACUCAGUAAAUGGCGAAGAAGUGGAAGGUUUGGAUGAAAGGAGGGAUGAUGAAGCUCAGGCUCAGUCCUUGAGUCCUCCUGAUGAACCCAAAAUAGACAAAGGUUAUCAUGGGCCACCUAUCCUUCUUGGUGUAGUUAAAGAAGGAGAAAAAUUUGAUUUCUGUAUGUGCAAUCCUCCAUUCUUUGAAAGCAUGGAGGAAGCAGGACUGAAUCCAAAAACUUCGUGUGGUGGGACGCCAAAAGAGAUGGUCUGCCCUGGCGGAGAGGGGGCUUUUAUCAGUCGCAUUAUUGAAGAUAGUGUCGCGCUAAAGCAGUCAUUUCGGUGGUACACUUCAAUGCUUGGGAAAAAGUCAAACCUUAAGUUUCUGAUGUCAAAGCUCCGGGAAGUAGGAGUCACCAUUGUGAAAACUACUGAAUUUGUCCAGGGUCAGACUUCUCGAUGGGGACUUGCUUGGUCUUUCAUGCCUCCAGCCAAAAUUUUGGUUUCCUCUCAUGUGAGGGGUAAUAGUAGUCCUUCCUUCAUGCUCGAGGGUCUCCAGCAUCAAACCAGUGCCUUUGAUGUUUUGCAGUCUGUGGAAUCCUUUUUCAGCUACUUUGGUGUAUCCUGCAAAUGCAAUGAUUCAUCAUUUACUGUUGAAGUAAGUGCAACAAAUGAUCAUUGUGACACUAUAUUGAAGACUGAUGUCAAAAAUCUUGACGAGGCUUCUACUUGCUUGCGUGUGGCUGAAAUAUCGAGGAGUGCAAAUUGUUCAAAUAGUCCAGUAAACUUAUCUUUUCGCGUCUUGGUCUUCCAGCAGAUCCCUGGUACACUCCUGGUGAAAGCAUCAUUAAAGCCGGGAGAUAAUACACUCGCAGGAAUAUUUACAUCUGUGUUUCAACAAUUGGAAGAAUUUUUGAAACACAAAUUUUGCAGGAAGAAGGCUCGUGUCUAACCCUUUGCAUUGAGGAUGAUGUCAGUUAUGGCCUAUGGUUAGUGUUAAAACAUACAUGGAAGUGCAAAGCCAUGCUCUUUUAUUUUGUUGCCUAUUAGAGCAUCAGGGAGGUAUAUUAUGUCCAUGUUCGAACAUAUGCUCAAACCUCGAGCCGGUGGCGACCUUCGGAAAUUGGAACAGCUUAUGAAGCUAUGACCCUAAUUACGUUACUUGGGGCACAAGCAAAAAAAAAGAGGCCUCAAGAAAGAUCCCUGAACAAAUUAUGCUGUCUGAAAUUCGAAAAAUGGUGGAAGAAAUGCAAAAUGUAAAUAAGAGGUUGGAAGAGAUGAAAGGUGAUAUUAACGAGUAUUUCAAGCCAGUUGACAAGGAAGUGGGAGUUCUUAUGGAUAUGCAGAUGGAGAAAGACAAAGAAAAGAUGGAAAUGAUGGGUUCCAUGUAUAAACAAGCUCUGAUUGAGAAAGCUGAAAC